UAGAUACAAAAUCUUGUAACCACAAGUGGUAUUGAUUAUGCAAAAGUUCUUUCAGUAAUGAACCAGACAUCACGCAGUGGCAAAAACUCCCAUGUGGAAGUUUUUAGGACCAAAGAAAGCAGAACACCCCUCCUUUGUACUUCCCGAUUGCUCUGCUGUCUUUAGAAGCAGAUUUGAGACUCUGACUCUGACUAAGGUUCCUCGAAUCAUUGAAAAUUCACAAACUGACUGGUCGAGGCAAUUGGCGUGUGAUGAGUCCCAUUAAUCAGAAUAAAAACGUUGGAUGAAGUGUUUUGCAAAGCCUUAUAGUGUAUUUAGGGAAAAUGGGCCAGAGAACCUGGACACAUCAG